UAUAGCUAUUAUGGUAAAAUCCAUUACCGUGUUGCGCGGGAGCAGGAAAAGUUGUGUAGGCUGCUUAGCUAGCUACGAAUAUAGUAGUACUUUGAGUGCCGUACGUCGCAAGAAGAAUGGCUCGAGAUUACAAACCUGGUGACCUGAUCUUUGCGAAGAUGAAGGGCUACCCUCACUGGCCUGCCAGGAUUAAUGACUACUCUGAUGGAGCUGUGAAGCCGGCCAACAUGAAGUUUCCCAUCUUUUUCUUUGGUACCCAUGAAACUGCAUUCCUAGGCCCCAAAGAUAUAUAUCCCUACCUGCCCAAUAAAGAGAAGUAUGCCAAGCCUAACAAGAGAAAGGGCUUCAACGAAGGCCUGUGGGAGGUUGAGAACAACCCAAAGGUGGAGCUGAAUGGAGAGAAGCAAAUGAUGCUGUCGGAUAACGUAACGGAAAAGGACUCUGACAGUAACCCGGAAGGGGACGAGGAGGGAGAUUAUCAGAAGAGGAAGAAACCCAAAGUGUCGGGGGCUGAGAGUGAGGCUGAACAGGAGGAGGAGGAGGAUGGGGGCAUGCAGGUCUCUGAACAGGGACAGCCCCAGGGCCGGGAUGACCCCACACCAAAGGAAUCUACAGACACUCCCAAACCCAAGAGAAGAAGGAAGAAAAAGAGUGAUGUAGAGGCCGACUCUGAGAAAGAGGGCGCUGCCAACAGUCCCACAUCCAGCCCUCAAGGUGGAGAGGGCCCCACUUCUAAGCGGCGAGGCAGGAAGACCAAAGCUGAGAAGAUGCUCCUACUCCAGCAGCAGGACCCCCAGGGCUCAGGCAGUGACAUGGACACUGCUGAGUCGGAGAGAAAGAGAAAGAGGACGCCGGAAGACAAGUCCAAGAGAGGAGAGGAGGAGAAGAGGCUGGACGGGAGGAGAAAGAAGGAAGACAACAAAGGGAGAGAGUUGGAGGGGAAGAAGGACCCUGAUGCUAAACGGAGGAGACAGACCAAAGAGGAGAGCUCCUCUGACUCAGAGGACCAGGAGAAGAACAAGGCGGUUGCGGGAGACCGCAAGCGGCAGCAGCCCACUCCGACCGAGACAGGGGACAAAGACGAUCGUCAACGACGCAAACAAGACGAGCAGAAAGAGCAAAACAAAGACGAUGGAAACAAAGUGGAUGAAAGGAAAGGAGACAAGAAGAAAGAGAUAUCGACAGAAUCGAGGCUGCAGAGGUUGCAUGGAGAAAUCAAAAUCUCCCUCAAGAUUGACAACCCAGAUGUGAAGAAGUGUCUGGUGGCGUUGGAUGAGCUGGGCAUGCUGCAGGUCACCACCCAGCACCUGCAGAAACACUCAGAGCUCAUUGCAACGCUCAAAAAGAUCCGGAGGUUCAAGGCCAGCCAGGACAUCAUGGACAAGUCCACCAUGCUGUACAACAAGUUUAAGAGCAUGUUCCUGCUGGGGGAAGGGGACCAGCUGCUCAGCCAGGUGCUCAACAAGUCCAUAGCAGAGCAGAAGCAGCAGGAGGAGGCCAGGAAGGGAGCCCAGAAGAAGGCUGAGCAAGUCAGGGAGAACAACACAGAUAACAAUAUGAAUGGCGACUCCAGUCCUGAUAAGAAGCAGGAGUCGGACAAGGAGAAGCCUGCUGAAGAGGCCUCUACAGGUGAUAACAGCAGUGCUGUGCUAGUUGCCGUCCCAUUUUCUAAUCCCUUUACCGGCAGUGUAGUGAAGGCCCAAGAGGAAUCCACCUGAUGAAGAAACAUCUGACUGACUAAACUGAAGGGGAUGUUGGUGCUGCUGACCUGCUCCGGAGUCCUGACCUGUGCUGAUCCCACCUGCACACACUAGUCCAAACACCACCAAUAAGAGGUUAACUCCUGUUGCUUUGACAUCAUGUCCCUCAAGUAGUACAAAUCCAGGCUCUUUUCUGGUCUGAACACCCACGUCUUAAACCCUACAGAGCAGUGUCUUCCAAAGUCCUAUUUUAGAUAAAAAAAUGUUUAUGAUGAAUGCAUCCACUAUGGCUGUUUUUAAACUGAUGGUAGUAAAAAGUGGUUCCAAAAGGAAGAUAUGUCAGUUUACUACUUGCAUAUCUAACCCAUCCCUGGCCUCACUUUGUUUGAACCAUUCUGCUAUGUGGUGAAAAAUUGACAGUAUCAUGUUUGAGAAGGUCAUUGCAAAAAUGGAGUGGGUCAAGGAAGCUUUAUAGUCUGUUUUAAAAUCACUUACCGUUUGACAUCGCAAGAUCUUUCAGUUCAACUCAAUUCUCUGAAUUAUACAAGAUAGAUUAAAUAUAUGGUAGUUACUGGUAGAGGAGUCUUUUACUUGUUAGUUUAGUCAAAUGUACUCGAUACUGACCAAUAUUACUCUGGGUAGGUGUACAUAUAUUUUUUUUAUGUUCUUGCACAGAAAGGAAAUACUACUCGUGUGCCAAAGUGUCUUUCCACUCGCACACCCAAGUUUUAAAUGUCUGUCUGUUGUAAGUCCUCCAAUUUGCUGACAUUGAUGUAAAUAAGAGUAUUUUUGUGCCUGUCUGAAAGCCUGUUUUGCCUCCUUUGUAAUAAAGCAUUGGUUCAAUAA